UGACCCCAUUAUCAACAACAGGAAUUUCAGGCACAUACCUCUUGCAGGGAUAUCUCAGACACAUCAGGGACUGCGGAUCACUGUUUGCCUCUCUCGCUCCUCCGACAGACGUGAUCUCUGCUCUCACAGCACCUUCGCUGAUCAUGGUCCAAGGCGUCGAAGGCUACACGUUCCGGAACUGGGCUGAGACAUAUGCCUGCCAGCCGGAGUUAUACUUCGAACCCAACUCCAUGGAGGAGAUACGGCAGAUCCUGGAACUGGCCAAGCAGCGCAGCAAGCGAGUGAAGAUUGUGGGCUGUGGGCAUUCCCCCUCGGAUAUUGUCUGCACUGACGACUACCUCAUAAGGCUCAACCAUCUCAACAAGCUGCUCAAGGUGGAUAAGGAGAAGCUGCAGGUGACGGUGGAGGCAGGGAUGGAGUUGACUGACCUGAACGAAGAGCUGGUAUCGUUCGGACUGGCUCUGUCCAAUAUUGGCGCGGUGUCAGAUGUGUCUGUCGGUGGAGUGAUUGGAACUGGCACCCACAACACUGGCAUCAAGCAUGGCAUUCUGGCAACCCAGGUGGCGUCCCUGACCCUGAUGACUGCUGCCGGCGAGGUCCUCGAAUGCUCGGAGUCCGUAAACCGGGAGAUAUUCCAGGCUGCCAGGGUGCACCUUGGUGCACUGGGUGUGGUUCUAACCAUCACCAUCCAGUGCGUGCCCGCCUUCCGCAUAGAACUGCAGCAAUUCCCACAAACUCUGACAGAGGUUCUGAAUGACCUGGACAGUCACCUGCAUCGAUCGGAGUACUUCCGCUUUUUCUGGUUCCCUCACACGGACAAGACAACUGUUUUCUACGGAGACCGCACAGACAAGCCGAUCAAGACUACCUCAAACUGGCUGAAGGACCACGUCAUCGGCUACUACCUGCUGGAACUGCUGUUGUGGAUCAGCACCUUUUUCCCCCGCUUGGUACCCUGGAUCACCCGCUUCUUCUAUUGGCUGAUCUAUUCAGCAAAGGUCACACAGGUCAAACGGAGCGACAAAGCUUUUAACUUCGAGUGUCUCUUCAAGCAGCACGUAUCAGACUGGGCUGUUCCCAUUGAGAAGACGGGUGCAGUGCUGGGACAGCUAAAGGAGUGGCUGGACAGGAACCCUGAGGUGCGCGUCCAUUUCCCGGUUGAGAUCCGGUUCGCUCGUGCUGAUGAGAUUUUUCUCAGCCCCUGCUACAAGCGAGACACCUGCUUCAUCAACAUUAUCAUAUACAGACCCUAUGGGAAGGAGGUGCCCCGAAAACGGUAUUGGGAGAUAUAUGAAGAGAUCAUGAGAAAGAACGGGGGGAGACCUCACUGGGCCAAGGCCAACAGCUGUGUCCACAAGGACUUUGAACAGAUGUAUCCUGCUUUCCAGAAUUUCUGCUCCGUUCGUGAGAAGCUGGAUCCUUUGGGAAUGUUCCUCAACAACUUUCUGGAAAAAGCCUUUUUCUAAGAAUGUAAUUUCUUUUCUCUUCAAUAAAGAGUCGUUGG